AUGGCAAACGCCGACAAAACCUGGGGCAUCACCCCUCCCAUUUCGACCGUGCUUCCCACCCCGGCCGAAUCCUAUUCUACCAAUCUGCUAUUGGAGGAGCUGAGACGCCAGAAUACCUUCGAGUCGGCAUCCGAGUCCAAGAAGAGAGAACGAAUCCUCGAUGAUAUCCAACGAAUUGCCGACGAAUUCGUGCGCCGAGUUGCCAGAGAAAAGGAACCGAAGAACGAGGUCCUCAUUCGCGAUGCACGUGGCGAGGUCUUUACCUACGGGAGUUAUUGUCUGGGUGUCUACGGUCCAGGCUCUGACAUCGACACACUUGUGACAGCGCCGAGAUAUGUCACUCGCGAUGAUUACUUCAAACACUUCCCGGUCCUGCUCGAGGAGAUGGCCCCGAAAGGUGCCAUCACCGAUCUGACCGCCGUCCAGGACGCCUUCGUGCCCAUCAUCAAGUUCGAGUACUGGGACAUCAGUAUUGACUUGAUCUUCUCGAGGAUUGCCACCCUGACUCAGUUUCCACCCCACAAGCAGCUUUAUCUGACAAAUAAUGAGUACUUGCGUGGACUGGAUGACCGCGAGCUGCGAUCCUUGAAUGGAACCCGCGUGACAAACGAGAUUCUCAACAUGGUACCCGAGCAGAGCACCUUUCGCCUGGCAUUGCGAGCCAUCAAGCUGUGGGCUCAGCGUCGCGCUAUAUACGCCAAUAUCAUUGGCUUCCCUGGCGGCGUCGUGUGGGCCAUGCUCGUGGCCCGCGUCUGCCAGUUGUACCCGAAAGCUGCAAGUGCCACUAUCGUCACAAAGUUCUUCCAGAUCAUCAAAGGAUGGCCCUGGCCAAUGCCCGUCAUGUUGAAACAAAUGGACGACGGACCGCUCAACGUCCGUGUCUGGAACCCCAAGGUAUACAAAGCCGACAGCUUUCACCUAAUGCCUGUCAUCACUCCGGCCUAUCCCCAAAUGUGUGCGACCUUCAACAUCACCCACUCCACCAAGACCAUCUUGCAGCGCGAGCUCGAGCGCGGCAGCGAUAUUACUGAUAAAAUAAAGGCUUCCAAACUGGCCUGGAAGGACCUUUUUGUGAAGCAUACCUUUUUUACCUCGGACCACAAGUACUAUCUAGCCGUCAUCGCCACCAGCACCACCAAAGAGGCCCAUAAAAUCUGGGCUGGUUUCGUCGAAUCUAAAGUACGUGUUUUGGUCGGUGACCUAGAGCGCCAUCAAUCGGUUGCCCUGGCGCGACCUUUCAACAAAGGUUACGAGAGGCAGCAUAAGGUGAAGAAUGACCACGAAACCGCAGACGUGCAGAAUGGUAGUCUGGCCUAUCUCGCUCAGGACGACGACGAGAGUGACGGAGAUGCACCCGUCAAGAAGGAAGUCGCGGUGGACACCAAGCCUGAGAUCAAGCCGGAAUCCAUUCAAGAAGUCAAGGUCGAGAUGAAAGCUGAAGAUGACGAUGCAGUCAUGCCCAACCUUCCUGACUUCAAGUCCGAUCCGGAACACAGCAAAAUCAAGCUGGAGGACUUGCCUACCCUGGGUGCCAAGAUCUACACAACGACACAUUACGUCGGCCUAGAGCUUGCUGAAGGCUCGAAAUCUUUGGACCUCUCUUUUCAAGUCAACAACUUCAAGCAGAUGUGCACUGAGUGGGAAAGGUUCGAUAAGAAGCUCAACUUUUUGAGUAUCCAACACGUCAAGAAUAUCAAUCUCCCCGACGACGUAUUCGAACCCGGUGAAACCAAACCUUCGCGCCCUCUUAGAAAGGCGGCUCCAAACGGCUCGAUGGCGGGCGGCCAGAGGAAACGCAACGCUCCGACCGAAGGUAACCAACCACCUGCGAAACGACCACAGACCUCCCUGCAGACCUCUGCCGCCGCCGCCGGCUGA